AUGCUCACAAAUGUAUUCUCGGUCUACAAUCCGAAUGGUUUGUGGUAUGAGUAUGAGGUCGAGGAUCAGUCAAAGAAUGAUGGAAAAGUCGUGAAGAAUGGGAAUGCAAAAUCAAAAGUGGAGAAAGAGGCAAAUUGUUAUAAUAAUGCGGAAGAAGUGACUAAUGAAAGAAAUGGAAGUCCCAAGAAAAAUGAAAACGAAAAACCCCGCAAAGGGAAGUACGACGAAAGUGCUUUUCGAUUCGAGGUGCAUUAUGAUUAUGAAAUAUUUGGUUACGGAUGGUCAAUUCAGCCAAAAACCAACGACGAAUUAUUCGCCUUGGCCUAUUUGGCGAAAAAAUUUGAAGUGCCCGGUUUAACCAAAUUUACCGAUUGCCUUUUGAGGCACAUAACAAAGUCCUGGAAAUCAAACGAGUAUAAAUGGAGGGUCGGAUUGAUGGUUAGUAAAUGGUUGGUGUUGGUGGAGACCAGACUAUCAAUAUUGAAAUUUCUGGCGAGAAUUUUGGUCAGAAUUAAAGAUUCUGAAAAGGUUGAAAUGGUGAAAUCAAUUAUUGGCAAGGAAGAUUCGAAGGAAGUCGAGAGGCUGAUGGCAGAAAUUUCUGAUGCUGGUCAGAAUGAACAUGAUCACGAAAAUUUCGAGAAUGAAUUGUUGGGGGAAGACGACAUUUUGGGAUUGGAUAAAAAUGGGGAUGUCAUCGAAGCUGUCGAAAAUAUUGUUUGUGAACAGAAUUCAAGCGAUGAAUCGAGUGAAAGUUCGUCUUCUUCCUCAUCUCAUACGUCUUCUCCAUCGCCUCAUGGCUCUUCUUUGUUCGAUGACUGUCACUAUGAAUGUGAUUGA